AUGGUUUCAUGCAAUGGAGACCCAAAGUUCUUAACUGACAUAUACACCAAGAACAUGCCGAAACUGACGUUUUACGAGAACUUUCUGAACCACGGGAACAGGAAGAACGUGUUCAGUACCUUGACAAACCCAGAGCAUCUUCGGUUAAAGAAGAUCAUCCAGAACUUGUACCUGAAAGGAUCAGUACUUAAAAACGUAAACCGCCAGAACUUGAUAGAAAAGGUUUCGUUUUUGAUGGACGAUCUUCAUAAGAACUCCAGCACGGCCGUGGACGUGUUUACCCUUUUUGCAGCGUUGGCAAUGGAUGCCGUGAGUGGAUUCGAAGUAGGGUUGCAGAACAGUACAGAUCUCUUGGAAAAGCCAGAGAAACGACCCAUUGUGGCUUCUUUCCGGAACAUCUCGUCCAUGGGGUUCUGGACGACCCGUAUGCCGUUUUUCUGGCAAUUUGCAGCUUCAAAACAGAUCUUGCAAGACGUGGAAACUUGCGAUACCUUCGAAAUGGACUUGUAUAACCGUGCCGAAGCCAAUGUUCCUGAAAAACAGCCCAACGUCAACUUGACAACGUUGGAAGCGUUGAAAAAGAGCGGGAUCCGUGGCAAGAACGCCUACUCGCUUCUUACAGAUAACCUUUUUGCAGGCCACGAAACGACUGCCGUGCUGAUGACUUACUUGUGUUUCCAGCUUUCCAGAAGCAUCAACAAGCACAGACAGCAACGGCUCAAGAACGAAGUCAGACAAGCGUUUGGCGCUCCAGCGUCGUCUUACAUUGUCGACGAUAUAGAAACCGUCGACAGACUCCCAUACCUCGAAGCUGUACUUAAAGAAACCAUGCGUGUCCAUUCAGCUAUUCCUGGAGCCGAGCCUCGAGUCUGUGAUAAACCAUACGAAGUUGCCAUUAACGGAAAACUGGUGAUUAUCCCGCCAGGCACAGAGAUCUCGUGCCAGCCUUAUUCGAUGCACAGAGUAGAACUGGUGUUCCCAGACCCAGACGAAUGGGUUCCUGAACGGUGGCUCCAGGCCCCAAACGAAGACUACCACGAGUACCAGGCCAGGCUUCUGCAGAUGAACAAGUACAUGUUUGCGUUUGGCAAGGGUAUUCGUAUGUGUCUUGGUAUGAACUUGGCAGUGACCGAAAUGAAGCUUGCGUGUGCCAACAUGUACUGGAAGUUCCUGUCGUCAAUUGACCACAAGUGGUGUUCUGGCAGGCCCACGGCUACCACUACACAGAUUCCAUUGGGCCACCAGCACUAUAGUAAGGGCUCAGAGAGGGGCAUCAUGACCAUGGCGGAUGCGUAUACCACCAGACCAGAGGGAGAAGAGUGCUGGCUUGUUUGGACCAAGGACGGUGACCAGGAAUAG